CGAGACAUCAUCCUCGAACCACCAACAACUAACCCGUACGACAAUUUGAAGGCUGAGCUCAUCAAACGCACCUCGGCAUCCGAGCAUCAACGACUCCAGCGACUACUAACAUCUGAAGAGCUGGGCGACCGUACACCAUCCCAGCUACUGCGACGUCUUCAACAACUUCUUGGAGAGCGGGCAGCGACAUUCGACCCCGCCCUGUUGCGGGAGCUCUUCUUGCAAAGACUUCCUAACAACGUAAGAAUGGUUCUUACUUCUGCAUCAGGACUCGCAUUAGUUCAGCUCGCCCAGUUGGCGGACACCGUGAUGGAAGUCGCUGCACCGCAAGUCGCUGCCCCGCAAGUCGCUCCUAUUGCGGCCACGCAAUCGCAUCUGCUCGGUGCACCGGCAAACAUCUCUGCCGCUGAAACAACGGAGGAUUCUUUUCGCACGGAUAUCCAACAAGCGAUCAAGACCCUCACGGCACAAGUAGCCGCGCUCACUUCACGUUCACGAUCGGACCAUCGCCAGAGAUCCACGUCCCGCCCCCGAUACAGUUCGCCCUCCCAAACCCGAGCAGUAUCAAGACAUUCAGAUAUUUGUUGGUACCAUCGGACCUUCGGCGACCGGGCCCGAAACUGCGUAGGACCAUGCUCUGCUUCGGGAAAUGCCCGCACCCACCACUAGAGGCGGCGAGUGGUGGGGGUACGCAGCUCAGCCGCUUGUUCUUCAUAACAGAUCGCGGCUCCGGUUUGCGAUUCUUGGUUGACACCGGCGCGGAGGUGAGCGUACUACCAGUUUCUGCCGUUGAAACAAAAGGCAGGCAGACACUUACCACUCUACAAGCUGCCAAUAAGACUCCAAUCGCUACUUACGGUGAGCACGCUUUGUCCCUCAACAUCGGACUGCGUCGAGUAUUCCGCUGGGUUUUUCUCGUCGCGGACGUGUCUUAUCCUAUUAUCGGUGCCGAUUUUUUACGACAUUUUAACCUACUGGUUGAUAUGCAACGUAAGCGCCUCGUAGAUGCUACUACAAAUAUUGUUACACACCUCGCGUGUAAGC